CUUUUGGUUUACUACGUCAGGUGGUGUAAUAUAAAAUUGGUAAAUGUGCUCUUCCUCUUUUAUGCAGGACCAGUGGCUGUAGGACAAUUCCACCGGUCGUUCCGGCAAGAUAGUUUGUCUCCUUACUCCUACGUAUCAACUUCAUCCCACAACCACAGUACUUUCCCUCUGAAAGGUUUAGAUCGGACCCCGAUUCCUCCGAGAACAUGGCAGAACUCUCUUGGAAUGCACUCAGGACAAGUGGAAACGUCUCCCACUUUUUCAGAUAAAGGGGUUCCAUUUUCUGUACUGCAGAGGUUUCCCACUGAGGUCACCUAUACCCUGCAGCCCAGUGCCACAUCCGUACAUGUUCAGCAAGGUCCUCAAACAAUGGUCAGCUCCUCCCAAAAAUAUACUAACUACACACCCUCCGCGCAGUACUCCCAAGCCUACUAUCCAACAGCCGUGCUGCAGUGCUGCCCUCCCUCCACCCACAUGGACGCGCUCAGUAGCUGUGUCACCCCCGCGGCCUCUUCCUACGCACACUGCAGCUACUUCCAGAAUCCUCCAAUGCAAUCUUCCUAUCCAGUUGAAUUUCUGUCUUCUAAUUGGCCUUGCAGUGCUACUGAUGAAAAUAAAAAGACAGAAGUAAACCUAGAGGCUGUUUUUCAAAUAGUAGAUGAGUUGCGUUCCUCCCCUAAAUUGGAGAUGGUAAAGGUGGAACCUGUUGAGGAUCAGUGCUCAACAUCUCAGUCUAACAGAGGCCAACAUAUCCUAGCUAACUCAAACAGCAGCAAUCCAUCUUUCACGAGUCAGGCUAGCCAGCUGGAGCCACUCACUCCUGUAGGCUCAGAUAUUACGUCUUUUGUGGUCGGAACAGAACAAGCAAUUACCUGCUCUCUACCACAGUCACCCGAGUACAUCUAUACCAUCCAUACAGCUCAGCCUGUUGAAAAUACUACAAUGCAGGAAUCUGCAGCCAUCCAGCAAGCUCAUGUCAAACUGGAGGAGCAGCUAAGUCAUAAUCCAUCUCCAUCUUCAGUAGUAUUUGUGCAGGAAGGGCUACCGUUCAGCACACACCAGGUGGAUGCCAGUACAAAAUGCCAGACCAAUCCACCUGAGAAUAUCUUGCCUUCAGAACAGAUGGGAUUCCUUAUUUCAGAAGUGGGGCCUGCUAGCAAGCGUAGUAAAGACGCAGGUUUAUCCACUCCAGCCAGAUACAGAGGACGAAGAAGCCACUCACAGCAAGCAAAGUCCCCUGAUCUUCAUCUGCUGGUGGAUGUGGCCUGCAAGCAGGAGCACUUUCCGAAGGAGGAAGAAUUAAAAGAGUGAGGAAUGGAUGACAAAUGUGACAUUGUGCACUGGCUGUAGCUGGAGGCAGACUAGCCUUGCACGUGACACACUGUUGGGAUUUUUUUAGUUCUGUUAAGGAAAAAAAAAGUAUUUUUGUUUUGUUAAUUGAGAAUUCUGUUGAUUGAGAAUUGGGAAUUUGGUAUUUACCACAGCUGUUCAGUUCAGAUUAUUUACCUUGACAAACUAUUAAACAUCUAGCAGCCUU